AUGAAAUAAAAUAUUGAAGUAGGUUAUGCCUUUUCUAAUAGAGUUAAAUGUCAUUUUUAAAACAUAAUUAAAGAUGAUAUCAGGAUAGGCCAUGUAUUAACUAGACAACCUGGUUUAAGUUUUGAAAAGAAAUUAUGGUAUCAUUUGAAUUCUCUUUAUUCAAUAAAGAUAGAUAGAAAUUAAGAUUUAGAUAUACUUAAUAUUCAUGGAUUAAAGGAAGAAGAUUAGAAGAAAGUAAGAAAGAAAGUUGAUUAGAUAAGGAAAUUUUGUAUCUAAAAAAGUAUAUAUAAUAGAUAAAUGUUGUUUUAAAGGAUUAAAAGGAAGUGAAAUAUUUGCCAAAACAGGAAAACUAUUAGAAUUAUGUAAAAAUUUAAAGAGACUUACAAUAAAUUCAAAAAAAAAACAAUGUUAAUAAGCAAUGUUUUUUUGA